CCUUAUGAAUGUAACCAAUGUGGUAAAGCCUUUGCAUCUAACAGUAAUCUACGAGUACAUAAAAGAAUUCACACCGGAGAGAAACCUUAUGAAUGUAACCAAUGUGGUAAAGCCUUUACACAGAACAGUAAUCUCCUAGUACAUAAAAGAACUCACACUGGAGAAAAACCUCAUGAAUGUAACCAAUGUGGUAAAACCUUUUCACAGAACAGUCAAUUCCUAAUACAUAAAAGAACUCACACU